UCACGUUGCUCGUCAUCCAGUUACGAAAACUUUCUGUAAUUUAAUUUAUAUUUCUUUUCCAAACCGUUGCCAAGUACUGCUUAGGCGAAAUGCUAAAAGCAAUCAUUCUCAUCGGAGGACCCGAAAAAGGAACCCGGUUCCGCCCACUUUCGCUGGACACCCCAAAGCCGUUGUUCCCGAUCGCGGGAAAGCCGGUCAUUCAGCAUCACGUGGAAGCCUGCGUUCGCAUCAAGGAACUCAAGGAGAUUCUGAUCCUGGGCUUCUACCCGUCCUCGCAGAUGCAACAGUUUGUCAGCAACAUGCAAAAUCUAUAUGACGUCAACAUUAGGUACCUGCAGGAGUUUACCUCGCUGGGGACGGCCGGUGGCAUGUAUCAUUUUCGAGAUCAGAUCCGAUCCGGCAAUCCGAGUGCCUUCUUCGUGCUGAACGGUGAUGUGUGUGCCGAUUUCCCGCUGCCACAGCUGUACGAUUUUCACGUUAGCAAAGGGGAGAAGGCGCUGGUAUCGAUCAUGGGAACGGAAGCAACCCGACAACAAGCGGUGCACUACGGUUGCAUGGUGCUGGGAAAGAACGAAGAAGUCACCCAUUAUGUGGAGAAACCCCGCUCAUACGUGUCGACCCUGAUCAACUGCGGUGUGUAUGUUUGCUCGAUAGAGCUGUUCUCCCGGAUGGGAACCGUAUUUCACUCGAAACAGUUGGACUACAAUUCGCUGAACAAUGGCAACGGGAAGGAUUUGGGGCACAUUCAGUUGGAACAGGAAAUUCUUACACCACUGGCCGGAACAGGAAUGAUGUUUGGCCUGCCGGUGAGCAAAUGGUGGUCGCAGAUUAAGACCGCCGGAUCGGCGAUCUACGGCAACCGGCACUAUUUGGCCCUGUACAAGAAUACACAUCCGGAACGGUUGGCCAAUGCCGGCCUGAAGGCUUCGGAGCAUAGCAAUGGAAGUCUGGUUUGCAACAUCAUUCCGGACGUACACAUCCACCCGACCGCGUCGGUACAUCCAACGGCGACUCUUGGACCCAACGUAUCGAUAGGACCGGGAGUGGUAAUCGGUCCCGGUGUUCGCAUCCGCGAGUCAAUCAUCCUAGAAAAUGCCGUCAUCAAGGAUCAUACGCUCGUUUUGCACAGCAUCGUGGGCCGUAGUUCCCAGAUAGGAAUGUGGGCCCGCGUCGAGGGAACUCCCAGUGAUCCGGACCCAAACAAACCGUUUGCCAAGAUGGAGAACCCCCCGCUGUUCAACAACGACGGCCGGCUGAACCCAUCGAUUACGAUCCUGGGCUACUCGGUAAGCGUCCCUUCGGAAAUGAUCCUACUCAAUUCGAUCGUCCUACCGCACAAGGAACUGAGCCGAAGUUUCAAGAAUGAAAUAAUUUUGUAACCUAUUUAGUACCCGAUAGUGCAUUGUUUUUUAUUAUUAUGUUGUUUUAGGAUUUUAGACAAAAAUCGAAUUCACUCUUUCUUAUUCAAGUUUGUGCCAGAUGCUCUAAUAAAGCGAAUUUUAAAUA